AUGGGCGACAACAAUGAACAAAUCAGCCUCAUAGAUGUCGUGGUGGCUCAGCCAACUGUGGCAGAGCAGAAUGAGCUUAUUACGCAGUUGAUGCAGCAAAUAGUUGACAUGAGGGUAGAGAUGCAACGGAGGCAAGACACCCCUCCGCCCGGAUUCGGCCCCAACUUUCUCGACGCAAGACCCCCUACAUACUUCCCCUCGUCCAGCUCGGAUCCUACUCAGCAACGUCCAUCGACACCCGUGCACAACCCGUCUGGGGUAGACAUGACAACCCAAAACCCCCAAUACGCGUCGGUCUCCUAUCAAACUCCCUCCUCACUUCCAAACAAUCCUCCGCAAAUGCCACCACAUCCCCAAGAUACUCAAACAGCCCCACUACCCCAAAAUCAAACCCAAAAUCCCACCGCCUUCAAUUCCCAAACACCACACCCCCACUUAAACAGAAAUACCAAUCCCCAAAAUCAUCCGCAAAACUAUCAAACCGCACAGAAUGUCCCAAGCCUUUCCAUAGCUGCACCUCUCCCCAAAAGAACUACUUUCCAAGUCCCUGUCCCGACCGAGCAUGAGGUGCACGGCUCCGAGUUGGACCAUUAUGAAGAGCAAGAAAGAGAGUGGAGAGCGAGGGAAGAAGCGAAGGUAGACAUAAAGGAAGAGAUCAAGAGGGCGAUGAGAGAAUUGCAAUGUACUCUAGACGUCGCCGGGUUAAGCUACGCAGAACUAUGCAUCCACCCAGACUUGAACCUACCUGAAGGGUUCAAGAUCCCGAAGUUUGAUACCUUCGGAGGGGUGGGCGACCCCAUGGCACACCUGAGAGCAUACUGUGACCAACUCGUGGGAGUUGGUAAAGAUAAAGCCUUGCUGUUGAGUUGGAGUGCACUGGCUAAGGAUUUCAUCGACAGAUUUGCAUAUAACGUCGAGAUAGUUCCAGAUCGGUACUCCUUGGAGAAGAUGAAGCAGAAGCCCACAGAAAGCUAUCGAGAAUUCGCGUACAGGUGGAGGAAAGAGGCAGCAAGGGUGAGGCCUCCGAUGACAGAAAAAGAGAUUGUGGAGGUGUUCGUGCGGGUGCAGGAGCCCGAGUAUUAUGACAGGAUCAUCUUGUUAAUCGGCGCCAAGUUUGCCGAAAUAGUCAAAGUGGGCGAGACUAUUGAAGAUGGCCUGAAGUCGGGGAAGAUAGCCCGAGUGUCUGCAUCGCCUGGAUCUUCCGGACUGGUAAGGAAGAAAAGAGAGGAGGUUAACGCUAUCUCGCACGGGGGAAGAAAAAUCCCCAGAAACUUACCACGUCCCCAAGGCCGCUCCAAUCCUCCAUCAAAGCCUCAUCGAGCCUACCAUCCACACGCAAGUCACUCCGGCCACUACAAUGCUGCCCCCCAUUAUCCAGAUGCCCAUAUUGUGUCGUAUCAAAAUCCACCCCCGAUUCCCCAAAAUCUUCCCUCCACAUAUCCAAACUACCCCCAAGCUUAUCAAGUCCCUCCCCAUUACCAAAAUGUCGCUCCUAGCUGCGCUAAUGUACAACCAAGCUAUCGAGCACCGUCCCCCGCAUAUCAAAUACAAACCCCACCAUAUCAAAACCCCCAUCCGAAUUACCGAGCCCCAAUGCCAAACUACCAAACAAAUCCCCAUCCCAGAGCCCAGGCUCCACGACCAAAUGCCUGCAGUUAUCAACAAGUCCCUCCCCCACAGCAGGGCGGGUAUGAUCCCCCUCGCCCCAGGUCUGAGAAGAAGCCCUCCAGAAGCUUCACCGUGUUGGCUGAAAAUAGAACUAAAUUGUUCGAAAGAUUAUCCGCGGCCGGAUACAUCCACCCUGUGGGCCCCAAGCCCGUGGAUGUCAAUUCCAGAUUCUACAGACCGGAGCAGAGAUGUGCUUACCAUUCCAACAGUGUUGGACAUGAUACAGAAGAUUGUAUCAAUCUCAAGCACAAGAUCCAGGACUUGAUUGACCAGGAAGUGGUCUCUCUUCAGCCCGCGGCGCCAAACGUCAACACGAAUCCGUUGCCAAAUCAUGGGGGUGGAAACAUCAACAUGAUAGAAACUGACGAAGAUGAGCGUGAAGCCAAGAGAAUUACUCCUUUUGUUCAGGAAGAGUUGGAGAGGGUUGUCGCUUCUUUGAGCGUCAGGGAGAAAGGAGAGUUUGUCAUUCUGACACCUGCAAAGGCUAUUGCCUUGGUGCCCGCAAAGACUCUCACCAAGCCCAAGUCCGUUAUAGAAACGGUCGUGGCUCAGGGCAUGACUAGAUCUGGAAGAUGUUACACUCCUGAUGAGCUUACUCUCGGAGGACAAAAGAAAGAUCAUGCCAAGAGACCGAUCAGCGAAGCAGAAGCUGAGGAGUUCUGGAGGAGAAUGCAACCCAAAGACUACUCCAUCGUCAAGCACUUGGAGAAAACUCCAGCCCAAAUUUCGGUGUGGGCCCUGCUGAUGAUCUCCUGGUCCUACAGACAGGCUUUGAUGAAAGCCCUGGAUGACACAUAUGUGCCCUCGGGUACGAGCAGCGACAAUGUAGCUGCUAUGAUUCACCGGGUCAUUCGGGGACACCGUAUCAGUUUCUGCGACGAUGAACUGCCGGCCGAAGGGAGGGCCCACAACAAAGCUCUACACAUCACCGUGAUAUGUCACAGAAAGGUCAUCAACCGUGUUCUGGUAGACAACGGAUCUGGUUUGAACAUAUGCCCCCUGUCCACAUUGAAGCAGCUGAGGUUUGACCUCGGAAAAGUUCGAGGCGAAGUUCCAGGUGUUGGACAUCACACCAGUUAUAACCUUCUGUUGGGAAGGCCAUUCAUCCACGCGGCUGGGGCCGUCCCCUCCACUCUCCACCAAAUGAUAAAACUGGUGUGGAAAAAUGAAGAACUGGUGAUUCAUGGUGAAAAGGGUCAAUCGGGAAGGCAAGUGCCAGUCUCGGACGAGACACCGCAAGGUUCGGACUUCUACACGGUGGAGUUGGUAAAUGCCACCGAUGAGGGCUUGGCCCCGCAGACUCCCAUGCCGGUCGUGUACAAAAUGAUCGCCACGGUAAUGCUGCAGAGCAGAUUCGAACCAGGUUUCGAAUUAGGAAGAAAUGCGCAAGGGAUCAUCGAGCCAGUUCCGGUCCUUGCUACAGGAUCAAGUUAUGUCCGGGAGCGUGCAGAGCCUGAAGACGAUGGGGAAGGGAUCUGUGACCUUUUCAAGGAGAUCAAUGCCAUCAUCGAGGAAGAGGCUGAGCCAGCUGGCAUUCGUGACGCUGAACCAGGGGAGAUGCUGCUGAAUUGGACGUCCACGCCAAUCCUGAUGUCCCGAACUCUGUGUAACGUAAGUUACAAACCUGCCAAUAUCAUGUCAUGUCAUGGGCUAAAUGAGCAAAACGAGGAAAAUGACGACGACGUCGAUGACCAUGACGAGGAAAAUGGGGAACCGGACUAUGUGGGCGAAGAAUUUCAACACUUCAAGAACCAACAUAAAUCGAACCUGGAGGAAACAGAGACGGUGAAUUUGGGCGAUUCACAAUAUGCCAAAGAGGUUAAGAUCAGCACUCAUUUGAGUGACACUCAGAAGGAGAUCCUCGGGUUGAGUACUGAUGUCGUGUCUCAUAAGCUACCUAUCAAUCCAGGGUUCGAACCGGUGAAGCAAAAGACUCAAAAGUUCAAGCCUGAAUUGAGUCUGAAGAUUAAAGAGGAAAUCACCAAGCAGAUAGAGUCCCGAUUGGUAGAAGUGACACUAUAUCCCACCUGGUUGGCGAAUGUCGUUCCGGUCGCCAAGAAAGAUGGAAAAAUCAGGAUUUGUGUUGAUUACAGAGAUCUCAACAAGGCUAGUCCAAAGGAUAAUUUCCCGUUGCCAAAUAUCCAUAUUCUGAUUGACAACUGUGCCAAACAUGAGAUGCAGCCAUUUGUGGAUUGCUACGCGGGUUAUCACCAGAUUUUGAUGGAUGAAGAAGACGCGGAGAAAACGGCCUUCAUCACACCUUAGGGGGUAUAUCACUACAGGGUGAUGCCGUUUGGGCUCAAAAAUGCCGGUGCCACUUACAUGAGAGCCAUGACGACGAUCUUUCAUGACAUGAUUCACAAGGAGAUUGAAGUGUACGUGGACGACGUCAUAAUUAAAUCCCGUAAGAGUUCGGAUCAUGUGACACACCUGAGGAAAUUCUUUGAACGUUUGUGUCGGUACAACUUGAAACUAAAUCCCGCCAAAUGUGCUUUUGGAGUCCCAGCUGGGAAGUUGUUGGGGUUUAUAGUCAGCAGAAGAGGUAUUGAGCUCGACCCUUCCAAGAUCAAAGCAAUUCAAGAGUUACCUCCGCCGAAAACGAGAAAAGAGGUGAUGAGUUUCUUAGGGAGGUUAAACUAUAUCAGCCGGUUUAUAGCACAAUCGACAGUGGUGUGUGAGCCUAUUUUUAAGUUGCUGAAGAAAGACGCCCCGACUAAAUGGACUGAGGAGUGCCAGACCGCUUUCGACGCUAUCAAGAGCUAUUUGUCUAACCCACCAGUAUUGGUUCCUCCGCGAGAAGGGAGUCCUUUGUUGCUAUAUUUGUCUGUUUCAGAUAACGACUUUGGAUGUGUACUUGGUCAACACGACGAGAAAGGGAAGAAGGAAAGGGAUAUCUACUACAUCAGUAAGAAAUUUACUCCGUACGAGUCUCGCUACACUUUACUGGAGAGAACAUGCUGUGCUCUGACGUGGCUUGCCCAGAAGCUGAGACACUAUUUGUCGUCAUAUACUACAUAUCUUAUCUCCAGAAUGGACCCAUUGAAGUACAUUUUCAAGAAAGCGAUGCCGACCGGGAAGUUAGCUAAAUGGGAAAUGCUGUUGAGUGAGUUUGAUAUCUUGUAUGUGACUCAGAAGGCAAUAAAGGCACAAGCUUUGGCUGAUCAUCUCGCGGAAAACCCCGUUGACGAAGAAUAUGAACCACUUAGGACGUAUUUUCACGAUGAAGAGGUGUCAUUUGUGGGUGAAGAUAUCUCUGAACCUUAUCCAGGUUGGAGAUUAUUCUUUGACGGAGCGGCGAAUCACCAGGGUAAAGGUGUUGGAGCGGUCUUAGUAUCAGAAUCUGGUCAACAUUAUCCUAUGGCAGCUAAACUGCGAUUCAACUGCACAAACAACAUGGCUGAGUACGAAGCUUGCAUUCUCGGUUUGAAAAUGGCCAUUGACAUGAACGUCUACGAGCUACUGGUUAUUGGAGAUUCAGACCUCCUGAUUCAUCAGGUCCAAGGAGAAUGGGCUGCGAAGAACCCAAAAAUUGUACCUUACGUACAGUACGUCCAAAAUCUGUGCAAAAGGUUCCGCAAGAUUGAGUUCAAACAUACUCCCAGAAUACAGAAUGAACUAGCUGAUGCUCUCGCAACCAUCGCUUCAAUGAUCAAACAUCCGGAUACUAAUUACAUCGACCCGCUGGAUAUAGACUUGAAGGAACAUCCAGUCCAUUGUUCGCACGUGGAAUCAGAACCAGAUGGUUUGCCUUAGUAUUUUGACAUAAAGAGAUACCUGGAGUCUGGGACAUAUCCAGAAGAUGCCACAUCUAAUCAAAAGAAGUCGAUACGUUGUAUGGCUCUCAAUUUCUUUCUGAAUGGAGAAGUCUUGUAUAGGAGGACUCCAGAUUUGGGUCUUUUAAGAUGUGUAGAUGCUGCUGAAGCUGUGAGGCUUAUUGAACAGAUACAUGCUGGAGUUUGUGGUACACAUAUGAACGGGCUUACUUUAGCAAGAAAGGUUCUUCGAGCUGGUUAUUUCUGGAUGACUAUGGAGAAUGACUGUUGCAAAUUCGUGCAAAAAUGCCACAAAUGUCAAGUGCACGGCGAUUUGAUACGGGUGACACCUCACGAACUUAAUGCUAUGAGUUCACCUUGGCCAUUUGUAGCUUGGGGAAUGGAUGUCAUCGGUCCUAUAGAGCCAACCGCUUCUAAUGGACACAGAUUCAUUUUGGUUGCCAUCGAUUAUUUCACCAAGUGGGUGGAAGCAGCCUCUUACAAAUCGGUAACCAAGAAAGUGGUGGCCGACUUUGUCCGCAACAAUCUGAUAUGCCGAUUUGGAGUUCCAGAAUCCAUCAUCACUAAUAACGGUGCAAAUCUCAACAGUUAUCUGAUGAAAGAGAUAUGUGAACAAUUUAAGAUUAUUCACCGAAGGUCCACUGCUUAUCGCCCUCAAAUGAACGGAGCUGUAGAGGCCGCCAACAAGAACAUCAAGAAGAUUCUGAGGAAAAUGAUUGAUAAGCAGCGGGGUUGGCAUGAAAUGUUGCCAUAUGCUCUACUGGGUUAUCGAACGACGGUCAGAACAUCAACUGGGGCUACUCCAUACUUGCUAGUAUACGGAACAGAAGCAGUCGUACCUGUUGAAGUCGAGAUACCGUCACUGAGGAUCAUCCAAGAAGCUGAGCUAAGUAAUGCUGAGUGGGUUAGCAAACGGAUUGAUCAACUAGCUUUGAUUGAUGAGAAGAGGAUGGUUGCUGUUUGCCAUGGCCAGUUGUAUAGACAAAGAAUGACUCGCGCUUUUCACAAAAGAGUAAGAGCCAGAAAUUUUGAAGUUGGUCAGUUGGUUCUUAAGCGUAUUUUUCCUCAUCAAGACGAGUACAAAGGAAAGUUCGCACCGAACUGGCAAGGUCCUUACAUGGUUCGCAAAGUACUAUCUGGAGGUGCUUUAGUCUUGUCAGAGAUGGAUGGCGCUGUAUGGCCCAAGCCUAUCAACUCAGAUGCUGUCAAGAGAUAUUACGCGUGAAGUUCGUUUUGCAUUUUCCAUCAUUUACUAGUAAUCUUCUGUUUGCUUGUAUUUGUUCGAAUUUGAAUUCUUAUCGCUCCUGUAACGAACUACGUCUGACCUGAAUUCUCGAGCACGAGAUACGUAGGCGGCCUA